AUGGAGGCCGCGGGCACUGCGGGCACGGCGGGGCUUUGCCCGGCCCUGGGGGGCCAAGGGGGCUCCGACCCGGACCAGGGGGACACAGACUCGGUCCAGGGAAGCACUGAUCCGGGCCAGGGCACCUCCGAGAGCGGACGGGCCCAGGGCGGCUGGGCGGGGGCGGCCGGAGGCAACUGGAUGACGGCUCACCCCACGUUCACAGAGAUGAUGUCACUUGAUGUAUCUGACAGUACUCAAGUCUACGCUGCGUUCCUGGUGUACCUGGACCUCCUGGAAGGGAGAAACUGGCACGAGGUGAAGCCCGUUGGAGUAGCAGAACUGCAGCUAGUGUGUUUACACGCACGUGCAAGAGAGCAGGAGGGUCUCCAGGUGAUGGUGCCGGUGCCUGCCCACAUCCUGAUAAGCCAUGAGAGGUUAAGGGAAAUACUCAAAGAAGCCUCCCUCCCACCAGAGGAUCCCGACACCCCACUGUCUGUUACCUUGGCCAUAGUUGAGACAGAUUCCACAAUAGUCUAUUAUAAAAUGACUGAUGGCUUUGUGAUGCCAGACCCUCCUGAUGAUAAUGAAGAUGGGGACAAUAAACAGUGGAGAAAGAAAAGAAAGAAGCUUUUCAAAUGAUCAGGACAAAAACGAAGACUUUUCUUGAGCUCCUGUGCUCAAAACCUAAACAAAUCCAGGAAGUGGUGUGUGUAAGUGAGGGGUGUGCUGCACUCUGCCUCGGCAUAUCAAGGAUCUGUUCAGGGAGAACAGAGGCUUGUGCAGCUGCACUCUGACGAAAUGCCAUUUGGGGUAUGAAAUAGGUCGUGCUUGGAGACAGAUUGAUCCUGAGUAAUAAAUAUACCUGCGAGAUGUUUCCAGA